AUGCAGCGCAGCCAGCAGAUCAAGUCUUAUGUUCCAGACGUGGCCGGGAAGCGAAAGUUCAUCCCUGAACAGGAGAUAGAGACACGGAUCAUGGGUGGUCAGGAAGCAUGGGCCCAUUCCUGGCCAUGGCAGGUGUCUCUGCAUUUUGCCUCCAUGGCAGCCUGUGGAGGUGCUCUCCUUAGCCCUGAAUGGGUUAUUACUGCCUGUCAUUGCUUCAAACGGUACAAUAAAGCAGCAUUUUGGACAGUCAUGGCAGGAAAACAUGAUCUGGACAAUUAUGAGGCCUGCCAGCAGGUCACCAAGGUGGCCGAAAUCAUUGUUCACAAGGGUUACAGCAAGAGAACAAAAGAGCAUGACAUUGCUUUGCUGAAACUGGAGACGCCACUGAUGAUAAAUGAGUGUGUGAGGCCCAUUCCAAUCCUCCAAUCAGAGCCCUCAAUGAUGAAAUGCACAGUCACUGGUUGGGGCGCCACCAGAGAGAAUGGUCCACGUGCUCACAGACUCCAGGAGGUUAACGUUACCAUCCUUCCCACAAACACGUGUAAUAGUUUCUAUCAUGGGAGAGUGCAGCCAACCAUGUUUUGUGCUGGUGAUGUUGCAGGGGGCGUGGAUGCAUGUCAGGGGGAUUCUGGUGGCCCACUGUCUUGUCUCACUGGUAUGAGGUACGAGCUGGCAGGAGUGGUCAGCUGGGGCGUAGGGUGUGGACGUUCACAGAGGCCUGGUGUCUACACCAAAGUAUAUCUCUACAAUGCGUGGAUCAACGAUGCCAUGACCCCUGGCACAGUGACUGUGGAGAAUGCUGAUCAGGCAUGCCCUCACUCCUGGCCAUGGCAGGUGAGCCUGCAAAGCAAUGGCAGGCACUACUGCAGUGCCACCCUCAUCCACCAGAGCUGGGCACUCGCACCACGGCACUGCCACUGCAAGGCUGGUCAUGAUGUGGCAGUUCUGGGAGCCCAUGACCUAAACUUCAUGGCAUCCCAGAGUGUUAUGGUGGAGAAGGUGUACGCCUUUCCGCACAGCAACAGCUUUCCGCCUGAAUCCGAUCUAUCUUUGAUCCGCCUCCGUAUCCCAGCACGACUCGGUCCAUCUGUAUUCCCAGUGUGUAUUCCAGAUGAGGAUGAGGAUGAAGAUCUGGAAGAUGGAUGGUCAUGUGUACUGACUGGUUGGGGAUUAACAAAGGCAAUAUCGGAGCUAAACCCUGAUGUCCUACACCAGGUUCACCUGAAGCCCAUCUCGGAGAGUGCCUGCCAGAGGGAAUGGGGGAAAAGCAUCAUCCAGAAAACCAAGUUGUGCACUGGCUCUGCUGGAUCUGUGGCCUGCAUGGGGGAUUCUGGUGGAUCGCUUCUGUGCCAAAAAAAAGGAGUCUACAACUUGGUUGGCAUGGCAACAUGGGGCAGUAAAACCUGUGGCUCCAAGAAGCCUGCUGUAUUUACAAGAGUGUCUGCCUUCCACUCAUGGAUCCAUAACAUGACAGGGGGAAACGUCUAA